CCUUUCUCCUUCCCUCCCAAAGGGGGCCGGCCAGGCCUUUCCCCUCCUUCUCCCCUUCAUUUCCUCCUUCCCUCUUUUCCUCCUCUGGAAACCAGAGUCCAUUCCAGCUUGGCUCCUGAUCCCAUUGGUCCCAUCAUUGAGUUUUCCUCACACGUCUGACCGGCAACAUGGCCGCUGUGACCGACAUUUGCCUUUGGCUCCUGUUGAUGGUACCGUUGUGUGCUGCGGUGUCGAUACAUAAAGCAGAGCUGGACGAGAACGGGGGCAGCGGGGAGGGUGAAGGGUCUUCCAUUUUCCCCUCGGCAAGUGUGACGCUGGGCCCGGACCCCACGCCCAGCGAUUUCGCCAAUGGGACUUCACCCUCUUUCAACCUCUUGGACGGCAUUGUGGACUUCUUCCAGACAUACAUGCUGCUGAUCAUUGUGGUGGGAUCGCUGGUCUUCCUUUUCCUCUGUGUUGUCUGUGCUGCUGUUGUUGUCCGCCAGAAGCACAAGGCUUCGGCAUACUACCCAGCCUCCUUCCCCAAGAAGAAGUACGUGGACCAGAGCGACAAGGCAGGGGGUGCCAAGGCCUUCAGCGAGGUCCCCGAGAAGCCUGCUGACACCCGGCAGGAGGAGCCGGUGGACUCCACCAAGCAGCUGCAGGCCGACAUCUUGGCUGCUGCCCAGAAUCUCAAGUCACCCAACAAGGCAAUUGCAACCAAUGGGGAGAGUGCCAAAGGAGACGAGAAGCCAGAGAAGGAGGGCGAGGAGCAAGAGGAGCAAGAAGGGCCUCCAAAGGCACAGGAGGCUCCACAAGAGGUCUCCAAGACACCUACGGAGAUGCCUCCGCAUGCCAAGGCUCAAGGAGAAGAGACCCUGUCUCCUGUUGAGGAUCCUCAAGGUGAGGAGAGCAUUCCUCCUUCUUCAGAAGAGCCUGGGACCGAGGACUCCUUUGCUAAAUCUGUGGAGAAUGAGUUGGACGAGGGAUGUCCUCUGCCGUCCACCGAGACGUGUGUUUCCGGUGAAUGAACAUUGACCCUGUUUCAAGGACUGGCCCUCGCAUGGAAGAGCUGACAACCAUUGUUUGACCCUAUGCUGGACAUUUGUUCUUGUUUUGUUGAUGGCAGUUGACACUUCAGCCAGCAGGGAAGCCACACGGCACCCAUUCGCUGAUCAGGAAGCCCCCUUAGAUGCAGCAGGCCAUGGUCAAACUCUCCGGGCUCUCUGUCAAAAUGACCCAGAUCCCCUCCUCACCUGAGCCUUGUGCCGACCCCACUACUGCCUGGGAAAUGUAGCUCUCCUUGACCCCAAGGGGCCCCAUUCUUGUGUCACCAUUAGCUGACUUGAAGGCACAUACACACUUGCAUGACUCAGGGCAUGUGCCACAUUAAUAUUACCCCUUCCCAGGUUGAACAAUAGGCUUCCCAAUAGUCGGGAAGAUCAUUUGGGGUCGUUUUUCUCUCAGAAUUAGAAUGCACUGAAGUCUUAUGUGGGAAUGAUUCUGCACAUGGGCUGAGAUUGUCAAUCAGCUAUUUAGUUGAGUGUGCCGAGUUAAAAAACUUCCCUUAGAUUCUCAUGUAUAGGUCUAGAAAUCAACAAAUCAAGCCCCGAAAACAUGGUUCAACUUAUCCAUGGGUCAAUGUGAGUGCUUUACCUUACGCCUUAUCAAAAAAGGAAGAGCUGAGUCUAUCCGGAGAGAACCUUAAAAAGGUGGAAUGGGUCCUUUCUCCAUGGAAAGAUCCUCAGUGUAUCCAUGGGUCGUAUCGAAAUCCAAAACUGCCCCCGACUGAUACAUGAGUUAGACUUAUACGUGAGUUAGACUUAUAUGUGAGUUAGACUUAUACAUAAGCUAGACUUAUGUGUGAGUUAGACCUAUACGCGAGUUACUUAUACGUGAGUCAGACUUAUAUGUGAGUUACUUAUACAUGAGUUAGACUAAUACAUUAAUUAGACUUAUACAUGAGUUUAUAUGGUAGUUCAGUAUGCUUCACUAAGUAGUGUUUCCCAACCUGGUUUACCCGACAGCUCUGUACUCAAUCCAUGCUCAGGAAAAAAAUGCCCGCAAUCCGGAGAGGUGUCCCACCUAAACGGCUGGAAAGCUCCGGAUAUUUACAUAAUUGCAUGAGUUACACCUCCAAACUGGCCAUUUGUGAAACUCGGUCUGGAAUGCUGAAGCCAAGGCAACAACUUCCUCUCUCCAGACCAUUUUGGGUAGCCAACAAGAGACACCGGCUGCCCUUUGGAAGACUUGACUCAUCUCCCAAAUAUGCGUACAACACUCCUGGGUCAUCCCUCCAGGAGGAGGGAGGCAGGCAGGAGGGGAGGCCCCUUUUCCAAGCUUCCAAUUCUUCUAAAAGUUUCUAUAGAUAUUUACAACCCAUUGCCACUUUCAUUCCAUGGCUCAAUGCCAUGGGGAGAGGUGGGUAAGAAAUAAAAUUAUUCUUAUAAUUAUUAUGGGCUCCUGGGAGUUGUCAUUUUGACAAGGUCUGGUGCAAAACCACCACUCUUGGCAUCCCAUACGAUUGGAGCCGGGGCCAUUCAAGCAUUCAUCCUACAGUGUAGCCAUAUAUAUUUGCAGGAAAUGCUCACCAUUACCCAUUGAAAGUCCCCGUUGCCUUGAAAGAACAGGGAGGCCAUUGAAACGAAGGGAGAGAAUCCAGUGGUUCUCCGGAUGGACCAAUUCCCAGCAUCCUUUGCCAUCUUUCUAGGUGACAAUCCUGCCUGACUUCAACCCGAGCCUGAAUCUGACAAAGGGGCUCCUUGCCUUGGGCUUUGGACCACUGCCAUUUUUAUUACCCUUUGGUUACAAAUAAAGAUCUCUAUAUUUUAUUUCCAA